AUGGAGCGUCCUCACUUCCCGCUGGCGAUGGGUCUGGCCUUGCUUGCUCUCUGCCUCCUGGCUCUGUGUCCCGAUGCCCUCGCUGAGCUGCGGAGCCGGACCCGCAUGACUGGAGAACGCCGGGGCCUGUCCCCCAAUGACCCGCAGGUGCAGAAGGCUGCCCAGGCGGCUGUGGCCAGCUACAACAUGAACAGCAACAGCCUCUACUACUUCCGAGACACCCAGGUCAUCAAGGCAGAGAGUCAGAUGGUGGCUGGUGUCAAGUACUACCUGACGCUGGAGAUGGAGAGCACAGAGUGUAGGAAGACCAGGGUCUCUGGAGACCACAUGGAUCUCACCACCUGCCCCCUGGCCACAGGAGUGCAGCAGGAGAAGCUGCGUUGUGACUUUGAGAUCCUUGAUGUUCCCUGGAAGAACACCACUCAGCUUCUAAAGCAUGACUGUGUGCAGCUGUAA